AUGGUUGGGUUAGAGCAGUCCUUCUCAAAGAGUGGGGCGCGCCCCCCUGGUGGGGCUCGGAGCAAUGCCAGGGGGGGGCGCGAACAAGAGCACACAGAGCAGGAGAUAUGAAGUGCAGAUAACAAACCCUUAAGAGACACCAUGGAAACAUAUUCAACUGGGAUGAAAAGAAAGGCGGAGAGAGACGGAGAUAAUGAGACAAACGUACGUCUCCCGAAAGCGAAGACGAGGAAAUAUGACAAAGCGUAUGUAGCGCUUGGCUUCACUGUGACUACGGUGGGAGACAAGGAAAGACCGGUGUGUUUACUGUGUCUAAAAACGUUGGCAGCGGACAGCACGAAGCCAAAUAAAUGAAGGCGUCACUUAAAAUACAUUACAGCCCAAUCACACUGAUGAAGCCGCUUGAGUUUUUUCAGCGAAAACGUGCCGGAUAUUGGCAACAAUCGUCCCGCUUUGUGAAUGCUACUUCAGUAAACCAGCGAGCACUGUUAGCAUCAUAUAAGGUGGCGUACCAAAUUGCUCAGUGCAAAAAACCCCACUCCAUAGCAGAGGAGCUGAUACUGCCUGCAACAUUAGACAUGGUCUCUGUCAUGCUGGAUGACGCAAGUGCUGCAAAAAUUAAGACUAUCCCUCUGUCCAAUGACACCGUCGCCAGACGUGUAUAAAUGACAUUGCUAACGAUCUUAAAAGAUCAGCUGGUAGAUAAACUCAAAAGACAAACGUUUUGCCUUACGGUUCGAUGAAGCAACUGACAGCAACAAAGACUGUUUGUUUUGUUUAUCGCUUAUGUACGUUUUGACAUGACAAACUCCCCGUGUGAGGAUCUACUUUUUUUGUAAAUAUGUCAGAGACAGAGCCACAGCUGAAGAGCUAUUCAAAAUGCUGGACUGCUUCCUGACUGAGAAUGGGCUAAAGUGGGGAGAACUGCAUUGGUGUUUGCAGUGAUGGUGCACAGACCAUGGCAGGGAUGAGAAAAGGACUUGGGGCACUCAUCAAGAAGGCCUCACCUAAUGCUGAGUGGACACACCGUGUUAUACACAGAGAAGCACUGGCAUCAAGGCACCUUUCCUCUGAAUUAAGUGAGGUUAUGACUGACGUUGUAGGUGUAGUCAAUUUUUAUAAAGACCAGACCACUAAAAACAAGAGUCUUCUCUGCUAUCUGUGAGGAGAUGGGAGCUGAACAUCAAGCUGUGCUGUUUCACAGUGAAGCAAGGUGGCUGUCACGAGGAAAAGUCUUGUCCCGAGUUUUUGAGCUCAGAGAGCAGAUAAUAAUGUUUUGGGAGCAGGAGCACAAGUAUGACCUCGCAGAAAAAUGUAGUGAUGAGAACUUCCUGGCAAAACUGGCCUACCUGAGUGACAUAUUUGGAAAAGCUAAAUGAACUAAAUCUACAGCUUCAAGGGAAAGAUAAACACCUCCCUCAGGUCACAGACAAAGAUCAGCUCUUUCACUCGAAAGCUUGCAAUGUGGGGCAGGCGACUUGAUGAAGGAAAUACUGAUUCAUUCGAGAACCUGCAUGAGUUUGUUGACACUACUGACUCUGAUGCCACCUCAGUGAUUCCAUAUAUUAAGGAGCGUAUUUCAUCACUGAUGGGAUUCUUUUAAAAAGUACUUCCCUGAAAACAGUUCCCAAUAUGACUGGGUGAGAGAUCCUUUCAAUGCACCAGCUCCAACUGGUUUCAGCUCUACAGAGGAGGACCAGUUAAUUGAUAUGACGUCUGACUCCACAUUGAGACUGAGGUUCACAUCACAGACACUGAGUGAAUUCUGGCUGAGUGUAGAGAGGCAGUAUCCACUCUUAGGGCAGAGGGCCAUGGGCAUUCUUCUUCCUUUUGCAACAUCUUAUCUUUGUGAGACUGGCUUCUCUGCUGUUGCUGCACUGAAGACCAAGUACAGGUCCCAGCUAAACAUUGAGCAGGAGCUGAGAGUGGCAGUAUCAUGCUUCAAACCCCGCUUCGAAAAGCUGUGCACUGCAAAACGUGCUCAUUGUAGCCAUUAAUCCAGACUUCCUCAUUUUGAUUUUUUUUUAAAAAUCAGCACAUUGUUUUAUUCAUUUUUGUUUUAUAGGUCAGUGUUUCAUAUAUUGUGCUCCUGAGUUCAUGUUGCUGAUCAAUUUGAAUGUAUUAUUAUUUAUUGAUUAUAUUUUAUUUUAUUUUUCAGUAUCAAAUGGUCAAAAAAUGUUUACAGUUUAAAUAAGGAUUGAAUUAUUUUUUUAAUUUCAGGCAAAUUGAUUAACUUUAAGACUUUUCUGUUACAGACUAAAAAACAAUGUUAAUAAAGUUAUUCUUUGUUGUAAGUUGAUCUAUAUUUCUUUUUUUUUCUUUUUUUUUCUUUAAUGUUAAUAAUGAUACAAUGUUAUGCAGAGGUGUACUUAUAACAAUUUUAUAGACAAAUGAUACUAUUUACAGUCGCAGCGGAGAGUUGGGGGGCGCGAAAUGUUUACUUCUUCCUAGGGGGGGCGUAACAGAAAAUAAUUGAGAAGCACUGGGUUAGUGUGGGUGGAAAGUUUAAGCCUUUAUGCUGGAGGUGACGGGUAGGCUAUGUGUGUGCUAGUUUGACUUUCUGUUUGUACUGUAAAUAUACACAAGUGGCUUAACUUUUCUCCAUUCCUCUCUCUCUGUCUCUGUCUCUCUCUCUCUCUGUCUCUCUCUCUCUCUCUCUCUCUCUCUCUCUUCUCUCUCCGCUCUCUCUCUCUCCUCUCUCUCUCUCUCUCUCUCUCUCUCUCUCUCUCUCUCUCUCUCUCUCUCUCUCUCUCUCUCUCUCUCUUCUGUCUCUGUCUCUGUCUUGUCUCUGUCUCUGUCUCUGUCUCUGUCUCUGUCUCUCUCUCUCUCUCUCUGUGUCUCUCUCUCUGUGUCUCUCUCUCUGUGUCUCUCUCUCUGUGUCUCUCUCUCUGUGUCUCUCUCUGUGUCUCUCUCUGUGUCUCUCUCUGUGUCUCUCUCUCUGUGUCUCUCUCUCUGUGUCUCUCUCUCUCUCUCUCUCUCUCUCUCUCUCUCUCUCUCUCUCUGUCUCUGUCUCUCUCUUCUCUCUCUCUCUCUCUCUCUCUCUCUGUCUCUGUCUCUGUCUCUGUCUCUGUCUCUGUCUCUGUCUCUGUCUCUGUCUCUGUCUCUGUCUCUGUCUCUGUCUCUCUCGCUCUCUCGCUCUCUCGCUCUCUCGCUCUCUCGCUCUCUCGCUCUCUCGCUCUCUCGCGCUCUCGCGCUCUCUCUCUCUCUCGCUCUCGCGCUCUCUCUCUCUCUCGCUCUCGCGCUCUCUCUCUCUCUCUCUGUGUCUCUCUCUCUCUCUCUCUGUGUCUCUCUCUCUCUCUGUGUCUCUCUCGCUCUCUCUCUCUCUCUCUGUGUGUCUCUGUCUCUCCCUCUCUCUCUCUCUCUCUUUGUCUCUCUCUCUGUCGCCAUUCCUCCAUCUUUCUAUCUAUCCACCAUCUCUCUGUCAAUCCCAAAUCUCUCGAUCUAUUAGAUAAAGAGGAAGUUGGACCAUGGACCAGACGUCAGGCCGUUCCCUUCAGGCAAGAAACACUGCAAAGGAUCCGACUACCUCAGGUAACACACACACGCUACCUCAGGUAACACCACACACACACACGCUACCUCAGGUAACACACACACACACACGCUACCUCAGGUAACACACACACACACACUACCUCAGGUAACACACACACACACGCUACCUCAGGUAACACACACACACACGCUACCUCAGGUAACACACACACAUACCUCAGGUAACACACACACACACACACUACCUCAGGUAACACACACACACACACUACCUCAGGUAACACACACACACUACCUCAGGGUAAACAACACACAAUACUCAGGUAAAACACACCCCACACGUACCUCAGGAACACACACACACACACUACAUAGGUAAAAAACACACACACGCUACCUCAGGUAACAACCACACACACACUCAGGAACACACACACACACAUUACUCAGGUAAACACACACACAACGCUACCUCAGGUAACACAACACACACACAAUACCUCAGGUAACACACACACCACAAAGACCAGGUAACAAAAAAACACACAAUACCUCAGGGAACAAACACACACAACACAAUACCUCAGGUAACACACACACAACACACACACGCACCUCAGGUAAACACACACACACAACGUACCCAGGUAACACACACACACAACUACCUCAGGUAACACACACACACACACUACCUCAGGUAACACACACACACAAACUACCAAGGUAAUCACACAACCACACUACCUCAAGGUAAACAAAACACACACUACUAGGUAACACACAAACACAUACCUCAGGUAACACACACACACACACACUACCUCAGGUAAACACACACACACACACACAACACACUACCUCAGGUAACACACACACACACACACUACCUCUGGUAAAACCACACAACACUACCUCUGGUAACACACACACACACAUACCUCUGGUAAACACAACACACACACACUACCUCUGGUAACCACACACACACAACACUACCUAGGGGAACACACACACACAACACACUACUCAGGUACAACACACACACAACUACCUCUGGUAACACACACACACACACACUACCUCAGGUAAAACACACCCCAAACAAAAAACACACACUACCUCAGGUAACACACAAAACAACUACAUCAGGUAACACACAACACUACCUCAGGUAAACACACACACACACUACCUCAGGUAAACACACACAACCACAACCACACACUACCUCAGGUAAACAACACACACACACAACACACCUACACAGGUAACAAACAAACAACAAUACUAGGUAAACACACACACACACUAACCUCAGGUAACACAACACACACACUGCCUCAGGUAAACACACACACACACAACCCAGGGUAACACAAAACAACACACACCAUCAGGUAACACAAACAACCACCCCAAAACACAACAUACCUCAGGUAACACACACAACACACUACCUCAGGGUAACAAAACACACAACACACUACCUCAGGUAACAACACAAACACACACACACUACCUCAGGUAACACACACACACACACUACCUCAGGUAACACACACACACACCCAGUAACACACACACACACUACCUCAGGUAAAAACACACAAAACACUACCUCAGGUAACACACACACACACAACACUACCUCAGGUAAACAACACACACACAACUACCUCAGGGGAACACACACACACACUACUCAGGAAACACAACACUACUCAGGUAAAAAACAAACACACACUACCUAGGUAACAACACCACAACACGCUACUCAGGUAACACAACACAACACGUAAUCAGGUAACACAAAACCCCAAAAGUACCUCAGGUAACACACACACACACGCUACCUCAGGUAACACACACACACACGCUACCUCAGGUAACACACACACACACGCUACCUCAGGGGAACACACACAAACACACAACUACGCAGGUAACACACAACCACACGCUACCUCAGGUAACACACACACACACUACCUCAGGUAACAACACAACACACACUACCUCAGGUAAACACACACACACAACACUACCUCAGGUAACAACAAACACACACCACAUACCUCAGGUAAACACACACAACACAACACACGCUACCUCAGGUAACACACACACACACACCUCAGGUAACACACAACACGCUACCUCAGGGUAACACACACACACACAACCAGGUAAAAACACAACAACUACCUCAGGGUAACACACACACACAUACUAAGGUAACAAAACACAACACACCUCAGGUAACACCAACACCACUACCUCAGGUAACACACACCACACACACACUACCUCAGGUAACACACACACACACACACACUCAGGUAAACACACACACCACACUACCUAUGGUAACACACACACACAUACCUCGGUAACAACAAACACUACCUCAGUGGUAAAACACACACACACACACUACCUCAUGGUAAACACACACACACACACUACCUCAGGUAAAAACACACACACACAACACUACCUGGAACACACACACACUACCUCAGGUAACACACACACACACACCCUCAGGUAACACACACACACACACUACCUCUGGUAACACACACACACACACUACCUCAGGUAACACAACACCACCACACACACACCACACUACCUCAGGUAACACACACACACUACCUCAGGUAACCACCAAACACCAAUCAAACACAAAACACUACUCAGGUAACACCCCACACAACACUACCUCAGGUAACAACACACACACACUACCUCAGGUAAACACCAAACACACUACUAGGAACACAAAACACACAACCACUACCAGGUAAACACAACAACACACUACCUCAGGUAACACACAACCACCCAACCGUGGUAACACAACAAACCAAACACAAACCACACUACUCAGGUAACACACACACACAUACCUAGGUAAAACACACACACACUACCUCAGGUAACACACACAAAACAACUAUCAGGUAACACAACACACCAAACUACCUCAGGUAACACACACACACACACACACUCAGGAACACACACACACACACUACCUCAGGAACAACACACACACACUACCUCAGGUAACACACAAACACAAACACUACCUACAUAGGUAACACACACAAACACACACUACCUCAGGUAACACACACACACACACACUACCUCAGGUAACACACACACACACACACUACCUCAGGUAACAACACACACACACACACACUACCUCAGGUAACACACACACACACACACUACCUCAGGUAACACACACACACACACACUACAGGUUAACACACACACACAAACAUACCUCAGGUAAAACACACAACACACACACACACUACCAUCAGGUAAACACACAACACACACACACUACCUCAGGUAACAAACACACACACACACUACCUCAGGUAAACACACACACACACAACACUACCUCAGGUAACACAACACACACACACACUACUAGGAACACACACACACACAACACUACCAGGUAACACACACAACAACACAAAACACAACCAAUAGGUAGGGUAAACACACACACACACACUACCAGGUAACACACACACACACACACUACUCAGGUAAACACACAACACACACUACCUCAGGUAACACACACACACACAACAUACCUCAGGUAACACACACACACGCUACCUCAGGUAACACACACACACUACCUCAGGUAACACACACACACACGCUACCUCAGGUAACACACACACACACACACACGCUACCUCAGGUAACAAUUUUUUAUUUUGCCAUCUAUAGGGCACAGCUGGCCAUUUUUUUAAAUCCUUAAAUUAAACUUUUAUAUUUGUUUAUUCAUCAUCAUUCUCUAGAACCAAUUUUGGUCUUUAAUGCCGACAGACAAGUUCCUUACUUUCUCCCCCUUCCACUUUCCUCUUCCAUUUUUGUGGUAAUGCUGCAAUUAGUUGGUUGUAAUUUUGAGUAGAGCAGACAUUUCCAUAUAUUUUUUUAUGACAACUCCACCAGUCCUAUUUAUGUUAUCAUUUACAAAGAUUAUACCGUUUUAUAGUUUUUUUCUCCAAAAAAAUAAUGUUUAUUAUCAAUUUGUAGAGUUUAACCAUUAUUAAUAUUUGUUUUGUCUUUUCUGGUGGAUUAAAUUGAAAUUGCAACCAACUUUCUAUGGAUUGUUUUAAAAAAAAUAGCUAUAUUUUUGAGAUUUCAAUAAUAUACAAGUGAAGGGUUGUAUUCUGAAUAAAGGGAAAAAGGCCAUUCUUGAACAUGGGGUGAGACAUUCUUACUAAUCUGCUAGAGAACCAGUUUGGAUUUAAGUAUACAUUGGCCCGUUUAAUUUUGUCUGACUUGCAGUUCCAAAUAAAGUGGAAUGUCUUUUGCUCAUAUAAUUUACCAUUUUAUUGGUAAACUACACGGUAAUGUAGAAGUUGUAAUUUUUAGUGAUCCAAUAUGUAAUAUAGUACAGUUAUCAUCAUUUGGUUGUAAUCUAGAAAAAGUAUCUAGAUCCUCUAUGAGGCUGUGGAGGGAUCCAAUCUGUGGAUUUAAAAGAAAACAUGAAUCAUCAGCGCACAACGACACCUUUUGUUUUUAAGCCCUGGAUUUCUAAUCCUCUGAUAUUAUUGUUGGAUCUGAUUUAAAUAGCUAACAUUUUGAUGACCAUAAUAAAUAGAUAUGCCAAUAGUGGACAACCUUGUUUCACUCCUCUUGACAGUUUAAAACUUUCUGAGAAGUAGCUAUUAUUUACUAUUUUACACAUAGGGUUACUAUAUAUAACUUUAACCCAUUGUAUAAGAGAUUCUCCAAAAUUGAAAUAUUCCAUGCAUUUAUAAAUCAAUUCCAGUCGUACUUUAUCAAAAGCCUUUUUUGAAAGUCUGCUAUGAAUAGCAGGCCUGGUUUCCCAGAUUUUUCAUAGUGUUCUAUUGUUUCCAGUACUUGCCUUAUAUUAUCUCCAAUGUAUCGUCCAUGUAAAUAACCUGUCUGAUUAGAAUUAAUAAUAUUUAAUCUUCCUUUUUAAUUCUAAGACUCAACCUCUCUUUCUCAUGUUCUCUCUCUCUCUCUCUCUCCAGUCCCUCCAGUCUCGUUCCAUUCCAGACCACGCCCACUACCUUUGGGGACCUGCGAGCAGCCAAUGGGCAUUCAGCUCAGCGGAGACGUGUCACCUCAGGCCCGCCCCCAUCCGGCCUACAGGACUGGCUGCACACCUUCCAGGUGAGAGAGAGAGAGAGAGACACCGCCCCUCUCUCAUGAACUGAAUAGCGUUGGUUUACCUAACUGAAUAGCGUUGGUUUACCUAACUGAAUAGCGUUGGUUUACCUAACUGAAUAGCGUUGGUUUACCUAACUGAAUAGCGUUGGUUUAACCUAACUGAAUAGCGUUGGUUUAACCUAACUGAAUAGCGUUGGUUUACCUAACUGAAUAGCGUUGGUUUACCUAACUGAAUAGCGUUGGUUUAUCUAACUGAAUAGCGUUGGUUUACCUAACUGAAUAGCGUUGGUUUACCUAACUGAAUAGCGUUGGUUUACCUAACUGAAUAGCGUUGGUUUACCUAACUGAAUAGCGUUGGUUUACCUAACUGAAUAGCGUUGGUUUACCUAACUGAAUAGCGUUGGUUUACCUAACUGAAUAGCGUUGGUUUACCUAACUGAAUAGCGUUGGUUACCUAACUGAAUAGCGUUGGUUUAACCUAACUGAAUAGCGUUGGUUUAACCUAACUGAAUAGCGUUGGUUUACCUAACUGAAUAGCGUUGGUUUACCUAACUGAAUAGCGUUGGUUUACCUAACUGAAUAGCGUUGGUUUACCUAACUGAAUAGCGUUGGUUUACCUAACUGAAUAGCGUUGGUUUACCUAACUGAAUAGCGUUGGUUUACCUAACUGAAUAGCGUUGGUUUACCUAACUGAAUAGCGUUGGUUUAACCUAACUGAAUAGCGUUGGUUUAACCUAACUGAAUAGCGUUGGUUUAACCUAACUGAAUAGCGUUGGUUUACCUAAACUGAAUAGCGUUGGUUUACCUAACUGAAUAGCGUUGGUUUACCUAACUGAAUAGCGUUGGUUUACCUAACUGAAUAGCGUUGGUUUACCUAACUGAAUAGCGUUGGUUUACCUAACUGAAUAGCGUUGGUUUACCUAACUGAAUAGCGUUGGUUUAACCUAACUGAAUAGCGUUGGUUUACCUAACUGAAUAGCGUUGGUUUAACCUAACUGAAUAGCGUUGGUUUAACCUAACUGAAUAGCGUUGGUUUACCUAACUGAUAGCGUUGGUUUACCUAACUGAAUAGCGUUGGUUUACCUAACUGAAUAGCGUUGGUUUCCCUAACUGAAUAGCGUUGGUUUUACCUAACUGAAUAGCGUUGGUUUCCCUAACUGAAUAGCGUUGGUUUCCCUAACUGAAUAGCGUUGGUUUACCUAACUGAAUAGCGUUGGUUUCCCUAACUAGCGUUGGUUUAACCUAACUGAAUAGCGUGGUUUAACCUAACUGAAUAGCGUUGGUUUAACCUAACUGAAUAGCGUUGGUUUAACCUAACUGAAUAGCGUUGGUUUACCUAACUGAAUAGCGUUGGUUUACCUAACUGAAUAGCGUUGGUUUACCUAACUGAAUAGCGUUGGUUUACCUAACUGAAUAGCGUUGGUUUACCUAACUGAAUAGCGUUGGUUUCCCUAACUGAAUAGCGUUGGUUUCCCUAACUGAAUAGCGUUGGUUUCCCUAACUGAAUAGCGUUGGUUUCCCUAACUGAAUAGCGUUGGUUUACCUAACUGAAUAGCGUUGGUUUACCUAACUGAAUAGCGUUGGUUUAACCUAACUGAAUAGCGUUGGUUUAACCUAACUGAAUAGCGUUGGUUUACCUAACUGAAUAGCGUUGGUUUACCUAACUGAAUAGCGUUGGUUUACCCUAACUGAAUAGCGUUGGUUUACCCUAACUGAAUAGCGUUGGUUUACCCUAACUGAAUAGCGUUGGUUUACCCUAACUGAAUAGCGUUGGUUUACCCUAACUGAAUAGCGUUGGUUUACCCUAACUGAAUAGCGUUGGUUUACCCUAACUGAAUAGCGUUGGUUUACCCUAACUGAAUAGCGUUGGUUUACCCUAACUGAAUAGCGUUGGUUUACCCUAACUGAAUAGCGUUGGUUUACCCUAACUGAAUAGCGUUGGUUUACCCUAACUGAAUAGCGUUGGUUUACCCUAACUGAAUAGCGUUGGUUUACCCUAACUGAAUAGCGUUGGUUUACCCUAACUGAAUAGCGUUGGUUUAACCUAACUGAAUAGCGUUGGUUUACCUAACUGAAUAGCGUUGGUUUAACCUAACUGAAUAGCGUUGGUUUAACCUAACUGAAUAGCGUUGGUUUAACCUAACUGAAUAGCGUUGGUUUAACCUAACUGAAUAGCGUUGGUUUACCUAACUGAAUAGCGUUGGUUUACCUAACUGAAUAGCGUUGGUUUAACCUAACUGAAUAGCGUUGGUUUACCUAACUGAAUAGCGUUGGUUUACCCUAACUGAAUAGCGUUGGUUUACCCUAACUGAAUAGCGUUGGUUUCCCUAACUGAAUAGCGUUGGUUUACCUUUUCUGUCUCUGGCUGCUGCGUCUCCCUAACAACCACUAACUACAGCCAAUGAAGCCCUGGGAGUAGAACAAACCUCAGCUAAUUACGUAAUUAAACAUGUCUCCUCCCUCCAUCCCCUCCUCUGUUCAUUUUCCUCGUCCAGAAAGCAGGAUCAGUUUUCUGGUGAACAGCCCAAGGGUUCUGUCCACUCUCUGUGGUUCUGUAGUAUUAAGGAAUGGAGAACAGACUGGAAUGAAGGAAUGAAUGUUUAUCCUUCUGAUUCCCAGUGUUCUGUCUUCCCCACAUACCCAUAACAGUGGAACUUCUUUAAUAUUCACACACAUCCCCUGGAUUGGUCUGACAUCACACCAGGAAGAGAACAUAUGUCAGAAAGGAUCUUCCUCAGUAAAGACGAGCACUCUGAAAACACAAGUGGUUCAAUGUUUCACUUCUGUUUUUAAAAUCCAAACAACAAUCUCUCUCUCUUUUAGCGGGUAUAGUCAUCUCUCUCUCUCUUAGCGGGUAUAGUCAUCUCUCUCUCUUUCUCUCUCUCUUAGCGGGUAUAGUCAUCUCUCUCUCUUAGCGGGUAUAGUCAUCUCUCUCUCUCUUAGCGGGUAUAGUCAUCUCUCUCUCUUUCUCUCUCUCUUAGCGGGUAUAGUCAUCUCUCUCUCUUAGCGGGUAUAGUCAUCUCUCUCUCUCUCUUAGCGGGUAUAGUCAUCUCUCUCUCUCUCUUAGCGGGUAUAGUCAUCUCUCUCUCUCUCUCUCAGCGGGUAUAGUCAUCUCUCUCUCUCUCUCUCUCUCUCUUAGCGGGUAUAGUCAUCUCUCUCUCUUUCUCUCUCUCUUAGCGGGUAUAGUCAUCUCUCUCUCUUAGCGGGUAUAGUCAUCUCUCUCUCUCUCUCUUAACGGGUAUAGUCAUCUCUCUCUCUCUCUUAGCGGGUAUAGUCAUCUCUCUCUCUCAGCGGGUAUAGUCAUCUCUCUCUCUCUCUCUCUCUCUCUCUCUCUCUCUCUCUCUCUCUCUCUCUCUUAGCGGGUAUAGUCAUCUCUCUCUCUCUCUCUCUCUUAGCGGGUAUAGUCAUCUCUCUCUCUCUUAGCGGGUAUAGUCAUCUAUCUCUCUCUUAGCGGGUAUAGUCAUCUCUCUCUCUCUCUUAGCGGGUAUAGUCAUCUCUCUCUCUCUCUCUUAGCGGGUAUAGUCAUCUCUCUCUCUCUCAGCGGGUAUAGUCAUCUCUCUCUCUCAGCGGGUAUAGUCAUCUAUCUCUCUCUCUCUUUUAGCGUGUAUUGUCAUCUCUCUUAGCGGGUAUAGUCAUUUCUCUAUCUUAGCGGGUAUAGUCAUCUCUCUCUCUCUCUCUCUUAGCGGGUAUAGUCAUCUAUCUCUCUCUCUUUUAGCGGGUAUAGUCAUCUAUCUCUCUUAGCGGGUAUAGUCAUCUCUCUCUCUCUCUUAGCGGGUAUAGUCAUCUAUCUCUCUCUCUCUUAGCGGGUAUAGUCAUCUCUCUCUCUCUCUCUUAGCGGGUAUAGUCAUCUCUCUCUCUCUCAGCGGGUAUAGUCAUCUCUCUCUCUCAGCGGGUAUAGUCAUCUAUCUCUCUCUCUCUUUUAGCGUGUAUUGUCAUCUCUCUUAGCGGGUAUAGUCAUUUCUCUAUCUUAGCGGGUAUAGUCAUCUCUCUCUCUCUCUCUCUUAGCGGGUAUAGUCAUCUAUCUCUCUCUCUUUUAGCGGGUAUAGUCAUCUAUCUCUCUUAGCGGGUAUAGUCAUCUCUCUCUCUCUCUUAGCGGGUAUAGUCAUCUAUCUCUCUUAGCGGGUAUAGUCAUCUCUCUCUCUCUCUCUCUUAGCGGGUAUAGUCAUCUAUCUCUCUUAGCGGGUAUAGUCAUCUCUCGCUCUCUUAGCGGGUAUAGUCAUCUCUCUCUCUUUUAGCGGGUAUAGUCAUCUCUCUCUCUCUCUUUUAGCGGGUAUAGUCAUCUCUCUCUUUUAGCAGGUAUAGUCAUCUCUCUCUCUCGCUCUCUUAGCGGGUAUAGUCAUCUCUAUCUCUCUCUCUUAGCGGGUAUAGUCAUCUCUCUCUUUCUCUCUUUUAGCGGGUAUAGUCAUCUCUCUCUCUCUCUUUUAGCGGGUAUAGUCAUCUCUCUCUCUCUCUUAGCGGGUAUAGUCAUCUCUCUCUCUUUUAGUGGAUAUAGUUGUCUGUCUGUCUGUCUGUCUGUGGUAUAGUAAUUGGUACACGCGAAGACCUGUAGGAGUCUGUCUGUCGGGUGGGUGAGAGAGACUAGAACCCUGUGGGUGGAGUCUGUCUGUCGGGUGGGUGAGAGACUAGAACCCCCGUGGGUGGAGUCUGUCUGUCGGGUGGGUGAGAGAGACUAGAACCCCCGUGGGUGUUGUUAUACAACACUAACACGAGCCAGAGCUGGUUUUGGAUCAAAUCUGUAUCGCUCUCCCCCCCCCCAUCCCCCCCCCCCAUCCCCCCCCCCUCCCCCUUCCUGUAGGCGUGGAGUGGUCCUGAGCGUCUAUUGGCUCUGGAUGACUUGAUUGACAGCUGUGAGUCCAAUCAGGUGAAGCACAUGAUGCAGGUUAUUGAGCCUCAGUUCCAACGAGACUUCAUCUCCCUGCUGCCCAAAGAGGUGAGAGGACACUCACACAGGACGGACACACACACACACACACACACACACACACACACACACACACACACACACACACACACACACACACACACACACAGGACGGACUCACACACGCUCACACACACACACACACACACACACACACACACACACACACACACACAGGACGGUACACAUACGAUCAUGCACACCCACAUUCAGAACAUACAUCUGCCACUUGAGCCCAGUUCAAAUCCAUUAUCAUUAUCAAAUCUCAGGCGCCACUGUCCUCUGACAUAUAGAUGUGAUUCUGAGUUGUUAAGUGGUGAUCAGGUGACCGGUCAGUGAUAUUCAUGUGUUCCUCUCCUGUAGUUGGCCUUGUAUGUCCUGACGUUUCUGGAGCCCAGAGAUCUGAUGCAUGCUGCCCAGACCUGCUCCUACUGGAGGAUACUGGCCGAGGAUAACCUGCUGUGGAGGGAGAAGUGUAGGGAGCAGGGUACGUACCACACACACACACACACACACACACACAGGCAGGCAGGAGGAUACAACAACGCCAUAUGUAGCUUACACACACCUAUAGACACACAGAGAGGACAUAUAUAGAGGACACAUAUAUAGAGGACACACACAGAGGACACAUAUAGAGGACACACACAGAGGACACAUAUAUAGAGGGGACACACAGAGGACACAUAUAUAGAGGGGACACACGGAGGACACAUAUAGAGGACACACGGAGGACACAUAUAGAGGGGACACACAGAGGACACAUAUAUAGAGGGGACACACAGAGGACACAUAUAUAGAGGGGACACAUAUAGAGGGGACACACGGAGGACAUAUAUAGAGGACACACAUAUAGAGGACACAUAUAGAGGGGACACACAGAGGACACAUAUAGAGGGGACACACAGAGGACACAUAUAUAGAGGGGACACACAGAGGACACAUAUAUAGAGGGGACACAUAUAGAGGGGACACACGGAGGACAUAUAUAGAGGACACACAUAUAGAGGACACACACAGAGGACAUAUAUAGAGGACGCGCACAGAGGACAUAUAUAGAGGGGACACACGGAGGACACAUAUAUAGAGGGGACACACACGGAGGACACAUAUAUAGAGGGGACACACAGAGGACACAUAUAUAGAGGGGACACACGGAGGACACAUAUAGAGGACACACAGAGGACACAUAUAGAGGACACACACAGAGGACACAUAUAUAGAGGGGACACACAGAGGACACAUAUAUAGAGGGGACACACAGAGGACACAUAUAUAGAGGGGACACACAGAGGACACAUAUAUAGAGGGGACACAUAUAGAGGGGACACACGGAGGACAUAUAUAGAGGACAGACAUAUAGAGGACACAUAUAGAGGACACACACAGAGGACAUAUAUAGAGGGGACACACAGAGGACACAUAUAGAGGGGACACACGGAGGACACACACGGAGGACACGCAUAUAGAGGGGACACAAGGAGGACACACACCUAUAGACACAUAUAUAGAGGACACACACAGAGGACACACCAUGGAAUUACAUAUUCAACUCAUUAAUAGGAUCUCUGUGGUGAACAUACAUGCACCCCCACACGCAAAGGCACACACACUGGCGUGUGUAUUAAACUACUUGAGCAAAAAAGCCAUAACUCUCCUUUGCUAUAGCCACACACACACCGACCACGCCUCAGCGCAGCACUGCAGCAGCCUCUCACUGGGCUCUCUGCCAGUUAGCUAGGAUUUACCGCUAACAUUACAGCCAUACCAAUGAGAUAGCAGCUAGCAUUAUAUUACAGCCAUACCAAUGAGAUAGCAGCUAGCAUUAUAUUACAGCCAUACCAAUGAGAUAGCAGCUAGCAUUAGCAUUAUAUUACAGCCAGAACAAAUGAAAUAGCAGCUAGCAUUUAUAUUACAGCCAUACCAAUGAGAUAGCAGCUAGCAUUAUAUUACAGCCAUACCAAUGAGAUAGCAGCUAGCAUUAUAUUACAGCCAUACCAAUGAGAUAGCAGCUAGCAUUAGCAUUAUAUUACAGCCAGAACAAAUGAAAUAGCAGCUAGCAUUUAUAUUACAGCCAUACCAAUGAGAUAGCAGCUAGCAUUAUAUUACAGCCAUACCAAUGAGAUAGCAGCUAGCAUUAUAUUACAGCCAUACCAAUGAGAUAGCAGCUAGCAUUAGCAUUAUAUUACAGCCAUACCAAUGAAAUAGCAGCUAGCAUUUAUAUUACAGCCAUACCAAUGAGAUAGCAGCUAGCAUUAUAUUACAGCCAUACCAAUGAGAUAGCAGCUAGCAUUAUAUUACAGCCAUACCAAUGAGAUAGCAGCUAGCAUUAGCAUUAUAUUACAGCCAGAACAAAUGAAAUAGCAGCUAGCAUUUAUAUUACAGCCAUACCAAUGAGAUAGCAGAUAGCAUUACAUUAUAUUACAGCCAUACCAAUGAGAUAGCAGCUAGCAUUAUAUUACAGCCAUACCAAUGAGAUAGCAGCUAGCAUUAUAUUACAGCCAUACCAAUGAGAUAGCAGCUAGCAUUAGCAUUAUAUUACAGCCAUACCAAUGAAAUAGCAGCUAGCAUUUAUAUUACAGCCAUACCAAUGAGAUAGCAGCUAGCAUUAUAUUACAGCCAUACCAAUGAGAUAGCAGCUAGCAUUAGCAUUAUAUUACAGCCAUACCAAUGAGAUAGCAGCUAGCAUUAGCAUUAUAUUACAGCCAUACCUCCUGAGUGGCGCAGUGGUCUAAGGCACUGUAUUGCAGUGCUAACUGUGUCACUAGAGAUCCUGGUUCGAAUCCAGGCUCUGUCGCAGCCGGCCGCGACCGGGAGACUCAUGGGCGGCGCACAAUUGGCCCAGCGUUGUCCAGGGUAGGGGAGGGAAUGGCCGGCAGGGAUGUAGCUCAGUUGAUAGAGCAUGGCGUUUGCAACGCCAGGGUUGUGGGUUCGAUUCCCAUGGGGGGCCAGUAUAAAAAAAAUAUUAAAAAAACUGUAAGUCGCUCUGGAUAAGAGCGUCUGCUAAAUGACAAAAAUGUAAAUGUAAUGAGAUAGCAGCUAGCAUUAUAUUACAGCCAUACCAAUGAGAUAGCAGCUAGCAUUAUAUUACAGCCAUACCAAUGAGAUAGCAGCUAGCAUUAGCAUUAUAUUACAGCCAUACCAAUGAAAUAGCAGCUAGCAUUUAUAUUACAGCCUUACCAAUGAGGUAGCAGCUAGAAUUACAUUACAGCCAUACCAAUGAGGUAGCAGCUACCAUUACAUUAUAUUACAGCCAUACCAAUGAGAUAGCAGCUAGCAUUAUAUUACAGCCAUACCAAUGAGAUAGCAGCUAGCAUUAGCAUUAUAUUACAGCCAUACCAAUGAGGUAGCAGCUAGCAUUAUAUUACAGCCAUACCAAUGAGAUAGCAGCUAGCAUUAUAUUACAGCCAUACCAAUGAGGUAGCAGUUAGCAUUACAUCAUAUUACAGCCAUACCAAUGAGAUAGCAGCUAGCAUUACAUUAUAUUACAGCCAUACCAAUGAGAUAGCAGCUAGCAUUAGCAUUAUAUUACAGCCAUACCAAUGAGAUAGCAGCUAGCAUUAUAUUACAGCCAUACCAAUGAGGUAGCAGCUAGCAUUACAUUAUAUUACAGCCAUACCAAUGAGAUAGCAGCUAGCAUUACAUUAUAUUACAGCCAUACCAAUGAGAUAUCAGCUAGCAUUAGCAUUAUAUUACAGCCAUACCAAUGAGGUAGCAGCUAACAUUACAUUAUAUUACAGCCAUACCAAUGAGAUAGCAGCUAGCAUUACAUUAUAUUACAGCCAUACCAAUGAGAUAUCAGCUAGCAUUAGCAUUAUAUUACAGCCAUACCAAUGAGAUAUCAGCUAGCAUUAUAUUACAGCCAUACCAAUGAGGUAGCAGCUAGCAUUAGCAUUAUAUUACAGCCAUACCAAUGAGAUAGCAGCUAGCAUUACAUUAUAUUACAGCCAUACCAAUGAGAUAUCAGCUAGCAUUAUAUUACAGCCAUACCAAUGAGGUAGCAGCUAGCAUUAGCAUUAUAUUACAGCCAUACCAAUGAGGUAGCAGCUAGCAUUACAUUAUAUUACAGCCAUACCAAUGAGAUAGCAGCUAGCAUUACAUUAUAUUACAGCCAUACCAAUGAGAUAUCAGCUAGCAUUAGCAUUAUAUUACAGCCAUACCAAUGAGAUAUCAGCUAGCAUUAUAUUACAGCCUGUAAGUAAGCAUUUCACUGUAAUGUCUGCACCUGUUGUAUUCGGCGCAUGUGACCAAUAAAAUUUGAUUUGAUACCAAUGAGGUAGCAGCUAGCAUUACAUUAUAUUACAGCCAUACCAAUGAGGUAGCAGUUAGCAUUACAUUAUAUUACAGCCAUACCAAUGAGGUAGCAGUUAGCAUUACAUUAUAUUACAGCCAUACCAAUGAGAUAGCAGCUAGCAUUACAUUAUAUUACAGCCAUACCAAUGAGAUAGCAGCUAGCAUUAUAUUACAGCCAUACCAAUGAAAUAGCAGCUAGCAUUAUAUUACAGCCAUACCAAUGAGAUAGCAGCUAGCAUUACAUUAUAUUACAGCCAUACCAAUGAGAUAUCAGCUAGCAUUAGCAUUAUAUUACAGCCAUACCAAUGAGGUAGCAGCUAGCAUUACAUUAUAUUACAGCCAUACCAAUGAGAUAGCAGCUAGCAUUACAUUAUAUUACAGCCAUACCAAUGAGAUAUCAGCUAGCAUUAUAUUACAGCCAUACCAAUGAGAUAUCAGCUAGCAUUAUAUUACAGCCAUACCAAUGAGAUAUCAGCUAGCAUUAGCAUUAUAUUACAGACAUACCAAUGAGAUAUCAGCUAGCAUUAUAUUACAGCCAUACCAAUGAGGUAGCAGCUAGCAUUACAUUAUAUUACAGCCAUACCAAUGAGAUAGCAGCUAGCAUUACAUUAUAUUACAGCCAUACCAAUGAGAUAUCAGCUAGCAUUAGCAUUAUAUUACAGCCAUACCAAUGAGAUAGCAGCUAGCAUUACAUUAUAUUACAGCCAUACCAAUGAGAUAUCAGCUAGCAUUAGCAUUAUAUUACAGCCAUACCAAUGAGAUAUCAGCUAGCAUUAUAUUACAGCCUGUAAGUAAGCAUUUCACUGUAAUGUCUGCACCUGUUGUAUUCGGCGCAUGUGACCAAUAAAAUGUGAUUUGAUACCAAUGAGGUAGCAGCUAGCAUUACAUUAUAUUACAGCCAUACCAAUGAGAGAGCAGCUAGCAUUACAUUAUAUUACAGCCAUACCAAUGAGAUAGCCGAUAGCAUUACAUUAUAUUACAGCCAUACCAAUGAGAUAGCAGCUAGCAUUACAUUAUAUUACAGCCAUACCAAUGAGAUAGCAGAUAGCAUUACAUUAUAUUACAGCCAUACCAAUGAGAUAGCAGCUAGCAUUACAUUAUAUUACAGCCAUACCAAUGAGAUAGCAGCUAGCAUUACAUUAUAUUACAGCCAUACCAAUGAGAUAGCAGAUAGCAUUACAUUAUAUUACAGCCAUACCAAUGAGAUAGCAGCUAGCAUUACAUUAUAUUACAGCCAUACCAAUGAGAUAGCAGCUAGCAUUACAUUAUAUUACAGCCAUACCAAUGAGAUAGCAGCUAGCAUUAUAUUACAGCCAUACCAAUGAGAUAGCAGCUAGCAUUACAUUAUAUUACAGCCAUACCAAUGAGAUAUCAGCUAGCAUUAUAUUACAGCCAUACCAAUGAGAUAUCAGCUAGCAUUAUAUUACAGCCAUACCAAUGAGAUAGCAGAUAGCAUUACAUUAUAUUACAGCCAUACCAAUGAGAUAGCAGCUAGCAUUACAUUAUAUUACAGCCAUACCAAUGAGAUAUCAGCUAGCAUUAUAUUACAGCCAUACCAAUGAGAUAGCAGCUAGCAUUACAUUAUAUUACAGCCAUACCAAUGAGAUAUCAGCUAGCAUUAUAUUACAGCCAUACCAAUGAGAUAUCAGCUAGCAUUAUAUUACAGCCAUACCAAUGAGAUAGCAGAUAGCAUUACAUUAUAUUACAGCCAUACCAAUGAGAUAGCAGCUAGCAUUACAUUAUAUUACAGCCAUACCAAUGAGAUAGCAGAUAGCAUUAGCUGUAGCAUUACAUUAGACUAAUAUUAGUGGAUUUGGCUAUUUCAGCCACACCCGUUGCUGACAGGUAUAUAAAAUUGAGCACACAGCCAUGCAAUCUCCAUAGACAAAAAAUGGCAGUAGAAUGGCCUUACUGAAGAGCUCAGUGACUUUCCCUAGUCAACUGUAAGUGCUGUUAUUCUGAAGUGGAAAGGUCUUGGAGCAACAACAUCUUAGCCGCGAAGUGGUAGGCCACACAAGCUCACAGAACGGGACCGCCGAAUGAUGAAGCGCGUAGAAAUCGUCUGUCCUUGGUUACAACACUCGCUACUGAGUUCCAAACUGCCUCUGGAAGCAACGUCAGCACAGUAACUAUUAGUCAGGAGCUUCAUGAAAUGGGUUUCCACGGCCGAGCAGCCGCACACAAGCCUAAGAUCACCACGCGCAAUGCCAAGCGUCGGCUGGAGUGGUGUCAAGCUCGCCGCCAUUGAACUCUGGAGUGAUGGAUGUAUCUGGGUUUGGCAGAUGCCAGGAGAGCGCUACCUGCCCAAAUGCAUAGUGCCAACUGUAAAGUUUGGUGGAGGAGGAAUAAUGGUCUGGGGCUGUUUUUCAUGGUUUGGGCUAGGCCCCUUAGUUCCAGUGACGGGAAAUCUUAACGCUACAGCAUACAAUGACAUUCUAGACGAUUCUGUGCUUCCAACUUUGUGGCAACAGUUUGAGGAAGGCCCUUUCCUGUUUCAGCAUGACAAUGCCCCCGUGCACAAAGCGAGGUCAAUACAGAAAUGGUUUGUAGAUCGGUGUGGAAGAACUUGACUGGCCUGCACAGAGCCCUGACCUCUACCUUACUGGAAUGAAUUGGAACGCCGACUGCGAGCCAGGCCUAAUCUCCCAACAUCAGUGCCCGACCUCACUAAUGCUCUUGUGGCUGAAUGGAAGCAAGUCCCCGCAGCAAUGUUCCAACAUCUAGUGGAAAGCCUUCCCAGAAGAGUGGAGGCUGUUAUAGCAGCAAAGGGGGGACCAACUCCAUAUUAAUACCCAUGAUUUUUGAAUGAGAUGUUCGACGAACAGGUGUCGACAUACUUUUGGUCAUGUAGUGUACCAAUGAGAUAGCAGCUAGCGUUAGCAUUACAUUACCUCAAUACCAAUGAGAUAGCAGCUAGCGUUAGCAUUACAUUACCUCAAUACCAAUGAGAUAGCAGCUAGCGUUAGCAUUACAUUACCUCAAUACCAAUGAGAUAGCAGCUAGUGUUAGCAUUACAUUACCUCCAUACCAAUGAGAUAGCAGCUAGCGUUAGCAUUACAUUACCUCAAUACCAAUGAGAUAGCAGCUAGCGUUAGCAUUACAUUACCUCAAUACCAAUGAGAUAACAGCUAGCGUUAGCAUUACAUUACCUCCAUACCAAUGAGAUAGCAGCUAGCGUUAGCAUUACAUUACCUCAUACCAAUGAGCUUAUAGGGACUAGCGAUAGCAAAGAUGCUUGAUGUCAUGUUUUGCUCUCUCUUUCUCCUCCCUCUCCCUGUCUCUCUCUCUCUGUGUGUGUAAUAAUGAUAUUGCUAACACCUCAUAUUUGUCUUAAUUUGUGUGUAGGUAUAGAGGUUUUAUGGCAGGUAGCCUAGCGGUUAAGAGCCUUGGGUCAGUAACCCGAAAGGUCGCUGAUUCAAAUCCCCGAGCCGACUAGCUGGAAUAAUCAGUAAGUUGCUCUGGAUAAGAGCGUCUGAUAAAUGAGUAAAAUGUAUUAGUUAUUUAACCCUGUGUGUCCAGGUAUAGAAGAACCCCUGGUUGUGAAGAGGAGGGAGACUCUGAAACCUGGGUUUCUCCACUCACCCUGGAAGAGUGCCUACGUACAACAACACCACAUAGAGAGCAACUGGAGGACUGGAGAUAUCACCUCACCUAAGGUACCGUAUAACACAUAGAGAGAACUGGAGAUAUCACCUCACCUAAGGUACUGUAUAACACAUAGAGAGGACUGGAGAUAUCACCUCACCUAAGGUACUGUAUAACAUAUAGAGAGGACUGGAGAUAUCACCUCACCUAAGGUACUGUAUAACAUAUAGAGAGGACUGGAGAUAUCACCUCACCUAAGGUACUGUAUAACAUAUAGAGAGGACUGGAGAUAUCACCUCACCUAAGGUACUGUAUAACACAUAGAGAGGACUGGAGAUAUCACCUCACCUAAGGUACUGUACAGUGCAUUCGGAAAGUAUUCAGACCCCUUGACUUUUUCCACAUUUUGUUACGUUACAGCCUUAUUCUAAAAUUGAUUCAAUAAAUAAACAAUCAUCAAUCUACACAUUUUUGCUAAUUUAUUCAACAUAAAAAACAGAUACUUUAUUUAAGUAAGUAUUCAGGCCCUUUGCUAUGAGACUCGAAAUUGAGCUCAGGUGCAUCCUGUUUACAUUGAUCAUCCUUGAGAUGUUUCUACAACUUGAUUGGAGUCCACCUGUGGUAAAUUCAAUUGAUUGGACAUGAUUUGGAAAGGCACACACCUGUCUAUAUAAGGUCCCACAGUUGACAGUGCAUGUCAGAGCAAAAACCAAGCCAUGAGGGCGAAGGAAUUGUCCGUAGAGCUCCGAGAUCGGAUUGUGUCGAGGCACAGAUCUGGGGAAGGGUACCAAUACAUGUCUGCAGCAUUGAAGGUCCCCUAGAACACAGUGGCCUCCAUCAUUCUUAAAUGGAAGAAGUUUGGAACCUCAAGACUCUUCCUAGAGCUGGCCGCCCGGCCAAACUGAGCAAUCGGGGGAGAAGGGCCUUGGUCAGGGAGGUGACCAAGAACCCGAUGGUCUCUCUGAAAGACCUCCAGAGUUCCUCUGUGGAGAUGGAAGAACCUUCCAGAAGGACAACCAUCUCUGCAGCACUCCACCAAUCAGGCCUUUAUGGUAGAGUGGCCAGACGGAAGCCACUCCUCAGUAAAAGGCACAUGACAGCCCGCUUGGAGUUUGCCAAAAGGCACCUAAAGACUCUCAGACCAUGAGAAACAAGAUUCUCUGGUCUGAUGAAACCAAGAUUGAACUCUUUGGCCUGAAUGUCAAGCUUCACGUCUGGAGGAGACCUGGCACCAUCCCUACGGUGAAGCAUGGUGGUGGCAGCAUCAUGCUGUGGGGAUGUUUUUCAGAGGCAGGGACUGGGAGACUAGUCAGGAUCGAGGGAAUGAUGAACGGAGCAAAGAUGAAAACCUGCUCCAGAGCGCUCAGGACCUCAGACUGGGGCGAAGGUUCACCUUCCAACAGGACAACGACCCUAAGCACACAGCCAAGACAACGCAGGAGUGGCUUCGGGACAAGUCUCUGAAUGUCCUUGAGUGGCCCAGCCAGAGCCCGGACUUGAACCUGAUCGAACAUCUCUGGAGAGACCUGAAAAUAGCUGUGCAGCGACGCUCCCCAUCCAACCUGACAGAGCUUGAGAGGAUCUGCAGAGAAGAAUGGGAGAAACUCCACAAAUACAGUUGUGCCAAGCUUGUAGCGUCAUACCCAAGAAGACUCGAGGCUGUAAUCGCUGCCAAAGGUGCUUCAAUAAAGUUCUGAGUAAAGGGUCUGAAUACUUAUGUAAUUUUUUUAUUUCAGUUUAAAUAAUUUGAUUUCUAAAAACCUGUUUUUGCUUUUAUCAUUAUGGGGUAUUGUGUGUAGAUUCAUGAGGGGAUUUGUAUAUAUAUAUUUUUUAACCAUUUUAGAAUAAGGCUGUAACGUAACUAAAUGUGGAGAAAGUCAAGAGGUCUGAAUACUUUCCGAAUGCACUGUAUACACGUGUGUGUUGAGGGUUCAGGUAGAGGUGUGUUGAGGGGUCAAGUGUCCAGGUGCGUAUUCAUUAGGCCGAUUCUGUUGCUAAACGUUUCUUAAAUGCAAGGAAAACGAAACGUGGAGGGACCUACCUGAAUUUGUCCAGUAUAGAAACAUUUUGUUUUGCUCGGUUUGCUUCCGUUUGGUUCUUAAACGGUUUCCAUAGUGAAUACACCCCAGUUCUGUCUUGGAUUAAAGGCUUGUUGUAUAAUAUCUCUGGAUUAAUCUUUAACAUUCCUAUAACCUCUCUCACACUCUCUGUGUCUGCCCCAGGUGCUGAAGGGUCAUGAUGAUCACGUGAUCACUUGUCUGCAGUUCUGUGGUGACCUCAUAGUCAGUGGAUCUGAUGACAACACUCUGAAAGUCUGGUCUGCCCUGACCAGCAAGGUAAGGCUGCUGUACAAUAUAUACAGUCAUGGCCAAAAUUGUUGGCACCCCUGAAAUUUUUCCAGAAAAUGAAGUAUUUCUCACAGAAAAGUAUUGAAAUUACACAUGUUUUGCUAUGCACAUGUUUAUUUCCUUUGUGUGUAUUGCAAUAACACAAAAAAAAAAACAGGAAAAAAGCAAAUUUGACAUAAUUUCACACAAAACUAAAAAAAUGGGCCGGACAAAGUUAUUGGCACCCUUUCAAAAUUGUGGAUAAAUAAGUUUGUUCCAAGCAUGUGAUGCUCCUUUAAACUCACCUGGGGCAAGUAACAGGUGUGGGCAAUCUAAAAAUCACACCUGAAAGCAGAUAAAAAGGAGAGAAGUUGACUCAGUCUUUGCAUUGUGUUUCUGUGUGUGCCACACUAAGCAUGGAGAACAGAAAGAGGAAAAGAGAACUGUCUGAGGACUUGAGAACCAAAAUUGUGGAAAAAUAUCAACAAUCUCAAGGUUACAAGUCCAUCUCCAGAGAUCUAGAUGUUCCUUUGUCCACAGUGCGCAACAUGAUCAAGAAGUUUGCAACCCAUGGCACUGUAGCUAAUCUCCCUGGACGUGGACGGAAGAGAAAAAUUGAUGAAAGGUUGCAACGCAGGAUAGUCCGGAUGGUGGAUAAGCAGCCCCAAACAAGUUCCAAAGAAAUUCAAGCUGUCCUGCAGGCUCAGGGUGCAUCAGUGUCAGCGCGAACUAUACGUCGAAAUUUGAAUGAAAUGAAACGCUAUGGCAGGAGACCCAGGAGGACCCCACUGCUGACACAGAGCAAGACUACAGUUUGCCAAAAUGUACAUGAGUAAGCCAAAUUCCUUCUGGGAGAACGUCUUAUGGACAGAUGAGACCAAGAUAGAGCUUUUUGGUAAAGCACAUCGUUCUACUGUUUACCGAAAAUGUAAUGAAGCCUUCAAAGAAAAGAACACAGUACCUACAGUCAAAUAUGGUGGAGGUUCAAAGAUGUUUUGGGGUUGUUUUGCUGCCUCUGGCACUGGGUGCCUUGACUGUGUGCAAGGCAUCAUGAAAUCUGAGGAUUACCAAAGGAUUUUGGGUCGCAAUGUAGGGCCCAGUGUCAGAAAGCUGGGUUUGCGUCCGAGAUCAUGGGUCUUCCAGCAGGACAAUGACCCCAAACAUACUUCAAAAAGCACCCAGAAAUGGAUGGCAACAAAGCGCUGGAGAGUUCUGAAGUGGCCAGCAAUGAGUCCAGAUCUUAAUCCCAUUGAACACCUGUGGAGAGAUCUUAAAAUUGCUGUUGGGAAAAGGCACCCAUCCAAUAUGAGAGACCUGGAGCAGUUUGCAAAAGAAGAGUGGUCCAAAAUUCCGGGUGAGAGGUGUAAGAAGCUUAUUGAUGGUUAUAGGAAGCGACUGAUUUCAGUUAUUUUUUCCAAAGGGUGUGCAACUAAAUAUUAAGUUAAGGGUGCCAAUCAUUUUGUCCGGCCCAUUUUUUGAGUUUUGUGUGAAAUUAUGUCAAAUUUGCUUUUUUCCUGUUUUUUUUUGUGUUAUUCCAAUACACACAAAGGAAAUAAACAUGUGCAUAGCAAAACAUGUGUAAUUUCAAUACUUUUCUGUGAGAAAUACUUCAUUUUCUGGAAAAAUUUCAGGGGUGCCAACAAUUUUGGCCAUGACUGUAUAUAUAUACCCUGUUUCAAAGAAAAGGGAAGGACAUGAAAUGUGUGCCUUCAGUGUGGUGUAUUCACCUGGGAGAGAGGGCUAUGAUCUGAAAAGGACCCUGCAUGUCCUCUACCUCAGGGUUCCCCAAUCCCCCCCCCCACCCCCAGCUGGGAAAUGCAAUUUAAUUACAAUUUGUGUGUUUUAUGUGCAUUUUUCUUGAAUAACCUUUUUGGUUUUUGAGUAGCUAAUCUCACACCUUUUACUCGGGAGGAUUGGUUCAAGAGGAUAAAACAUGUUUUACUCAGGAGGAUUCCUUCAUUAGGUUCAACACGUCAAGUAUCCUUCCCAUGGUUCACAGAGGAGCUGCACAGCGUGAAGACCCCGUGGCCGCAGUUUAUAGCGUCUGGAGACGUUCCCUCCUUUCUAUCCUCCUACUGGCUACGAAGGCCACCUCCCCCUUCAGUCACCUCCUCCUGUUCUCCCCCUUCAGUCACCUCCUCCUGUUCUCCCCCUUCAGUCACCUCCUCCUGUUCUCCCCCUUCAGUCACCUCCUCCUGUUCUCCCCCAUCAGUCACCUCCUCCUGUUCUCCCCUGUUCUCCCCCAUCAGUCACCUCCUCCUGUUCUCCCCCUUCAGUCACCUCCUCCUGUUCUCUCCUGUUCUCCCCCAUCAGUCACCUCCCCUGUUCUCCCCCAUCAGUCACCACCUCCUGUUCUCCCCCAUCAGUCACCUCCUCCUGUUCUCCCCCUUCAGUCACCUCCUCCUGUUCUCCCCCUUCAGUCACCUCCUCCUGUUCUCCCCCAUCAGUCACCUCCUCCUGUUCUCCCCCUUCAGUCACCUCCUCCUGUUCUCCGACUUCAGUCACCUCCUCCACCCUACAAACCCAGGUCCUCCUGUAGCCGAAACUCUCUCGCGGUGUGACAGAUUUUCAGCUCAAAUGACUCUCUAUCUGUAUGCUGUAGGACUGUGAUAAAUAAGAUCCAUAACGACUAACAAAAAUACACACGCCAAUUUUAAUUCCACUAAAUUAUGCAAAUGGACCUUUAGACCGAUAAGCCCGACCAGUGAAAUGUCUUUCCAUCGACUGGUAUUUCAUCAAAUAAAAAUCUCCUAUUCAUUGAUCGGCUUUUCGUUUCUAAUUUUUGGGACCGAAAGCCGUCAAUUACCGGCUAACGGAAACCCUGACGGGAAUCGUGAGGACUGCUGGUGGUAUUCAGCGCCCUGUCUCGUGAGGACCGGAGGCUGCUGGUGGUAUUCAGCGCCCUGUCUCGUGAGGACCGGAGGCUGCUGGUGGUAUUCAGCGCCCUGUCUCGUGAGGACCGGAGGCUGCUGGUGGUAUUCAGCGCCCUGUCUCGUGAGGACCGGAGGCUGCUGGUGGUAUUCAGCGCCUGUCUGUGAGGAACGGAGGCUGUUGGAUUCAGCGCCCUGUCUGUGAGGACCGGAGGCUGCUGGUGGUAUCAGCGCCCUGUCUCGUGAGGACCGGAGGCUGCUGGUGGUAUUCAGCGCCCUGUCUCGUGGUAGCCCGGGGACCGGAGGCCUGCUGGUGGUAUUCAGCGCCCUGUCUCGUGGAGGACCGGAGGCUGCUGGGGUAUUCAGCGCCCUGUCUCGUGAGGACCGGAGGCUGCUGGUGGUAUUCAGCGCCCUGUCUCGUGAGGACCGGAGGCUGCUGGUGGUAUUCAGCGCCCUGUCUCGUGAGGACCGGAGGCUGCUGGUGGUAUUCAGCGCCCUGUCUCGUGAGGACCGGAGGCUGCUGGUGGUAUUCAGCGCCCUGUCCUCGUGAACACCGGAGGCUGCUGGUGGUAUUCAGCGCCCUGUCUCGUGAGGACCGGAGGCUGCUGGUGGUAUUCAGCGCCCUGUCUCGUGAGGACCGGAGGCUGCUGGUGGUAUUCAGCGCCCUGUCUCGUGAGGACCGGAGGCUGCUGGUGGUAUUCAGCGCCCCGUCUCUCGCCGUUCCUGUCAGUUGAGUUUGACAGACUUAACCCCGCCUGCCCUGUUGCUGUGGCACUGUGUCUGUGUGUGGCCGAGGUGAUGAAUGCUUUAUCAGUAUAGUUUUAAUGAGGUAAUUCUUUUGUGAAUGCAGAACUCUCUCGGAGUCCCAAAUGGCACCCAAUUCCCUGCAUAGUGCACUGCGUAGUUCACUGGCUCAAAAAAUAGUGCACAGAGAAUAGACUGCCGUUUGGGACGUACCCUCUGUCGUACCGAGUUGUCCUCAGUAGCUGUACUCGUUCAUACACGACCCUGUCUCGUUCCCUUGUUCACUCUCUACCUCCGCUCCAGAGUAUGUGCUGAAUCAGGUGUGAACGCACCACUCCCUUUCCGCUCCGAAACUAGCUCAAUGUUUACACCAUCGCCUAGGAAACCACGAAAAACACGGUUACAUUUGCCAAAGCAGUGAAAUAAACAAACGACAAGCAAAAAAACUAUUAAGUGAGCGGGUAAACAUUUAAGGUUUCUAAAAAAUUGACCUUGUUAUAUUAUCAGCUAUGUACAGUGUUUUAGCAAUAUGGAAAUAGUUGUAGUAGGAAUAGUAGGGGAAGAGAAAUAAACAGGUAAAUAUGGGUUGUAUUUACAAUACUGGUUUCCCUUAAUCCCCCUCGCUCGCUCAAUCGCUUUCGCACGCUCUCUCUCUCUCUCUCUCUCUCUCCUCUCGCUAUCUCUCUCUCUCUUUCCUCUCUCUCUCUCUCUCUAUCUCUCUCUCUCUCUCUCUCCUUCUCUCCUCCUCUCUCUCUCUCUCUCUCUCUAUUCUCUCUCUCUCUCUCUCUCUCUCUCUCUCUCUGUCUCGUCUCUGUCUCUGUCUUGUCAUAUUGUCUCUGUCCUCUCUCUCCUCCUGUCUCUCCCCAUAUCUCUCUCUUCUUCGCUCUCUCUAUCCCCCAUCCCUCUCUCUGGAGAAUUACGCAGGCCAGUCAGGAAUGCAGCAGUCAGCAGAAAGAGGGUUUAAUAAAAGAAAACUCACAUUCCCACGUUGGAGAAUGCCACAGCUUAUCUAAACUGGUUGAUAAUGGUAAACCAUAUACGGUGUGGUUAGAUUACAGCUUUCACUAUCAUAUAGAUUACAGCUUUCACUAUCAUAUAGAUUACAGCUUUCACUAUCAUAUAGAUUACAGCUUUCACUAUCAUAUAGAUUACAGCUUUCACUAUCAUAUAGAUUACAGCUUUCACUAUCAUAUAGAUUACAGCUUUAACUAUCAUAUAGAUUAGAGCUUUCACUAUCAUAUAGAUUAGAGCUUUCACUAUCAUAUAGAUUACAGCUUUCACUCUCAUAUAGAUUACAGCUUUCACUAUCAUAUAGAUUACAGCUUUCACUAUUAUAUAGAUUACAGCUUUCACUAUCAUAUAGAUUACAGCUUUCACUAUCAUAUAGAUUUACAGCUUUCGCUAUCAUUAUACCGCUUCACUUCAUUCGCUACGUCUUUCACUAUCAUAUAGAUUACAGCUUUCACUAUCAUAUAGAUUACAGCUUUCACUAUCAUAUAGAUUACAGCUUUCACUAUCAUAUAGAUUACAGCUUUCACUAUCAUAUAGAUUACAGCUUUCGCUAUCAUAUAGAUUACAGCUUUCACUAUCAUAUAGAUUACAGCUUUCACUCUCAUAUAGAUUACAGCUUUCACUCUCAUAUAGAUUACAGCUUUCACUCUCAUAUAGAUUACAGCUUUCACUCUCAUAUAGAUUACAGCUUUCACUCUCAUAUAGAUUACAGCUUUCACUAUCAUAUAGAUUACAGCUUUCACUCUCAUAUAGAUUACAGCUUUCACUAUCAUAUAGAUUACAGCUUUCACUCUCAUAUAGAUUACAGCUUUCACUAUCAUAUAGAUUACAGCUUUCACUAUCAUAUGGAUUAGUUUAGACAUCCUACUGUUCCCUGAUGGAGUUUAGACAUCCUACUGUUCCCUGAUGGAGUUUAGACAUCCUACUGUUCCCUGAUGGAGUUUAGACAUCCUACUGUCCCUGAUGGAGUUUAGACAUCCUACUGUUCCCUGUGGAGUUUAGACAUCCUACUGUUCCAUGAUGGAGUUUAGACAUCCUACUGUCCCUGAUGGAGUUUAGACAUCCUACUGUUCCCUGAUGGAGUUUAGACAUCCUACUUCCCUGUGGAGUUUAGACAUCCUACUGUUCCAUGAUGGAGUUAGACACCCUACUGUUCCCUGAUGGAGUUUAGACAUCCUACUGUUCCCUGAUGGAGUUUAGACAUCCUACUGUUCCCUGAUGGAGUUUAGACAUCCUACUGUUCCCUGAUGGAGUUUAGACAUCCUACUGUUCCCUGAUGGAGUUUAGACAUCCUACUGUUCCCUGAUGGAGUUUAGACAUCCUACUGUUCCCAUGAGGUUUUAGACAUCCUACUUUCCCUGUGGUAGACAUCCUAGUCUGUGUUUAGAACCCUACUGUUCCUGGGAGUUUGGACAUCUCAUUCCAUGGAGUUAGACAUCCUACUUUCCUGACGUUAUCCUGAUCUGGAGUUUAGACAUCCUACUGUUCCCUGAUGGAGUUUAAAAACCUGUUCCCAUGGAGUAAUCUACUGUCCUGAUGGAGUUUAGAAGCUAUGCAUGAGAAGAAUCUACGUUCUGAAGCAUCCUACGUAAGGAGUUUAGACAUCCAUCCCUAAAGGAGUUUAGACAUCUACGUCCUGAUGGAGUUUAGACAUCCUACUGUUCGAUGAGUUAGAAUCCUAUGUUCCCGUGAGUUAGACAUCCUACUGUUCCUGAUGAGUUAGACAUCAAACUUCCUGAUGGAGUUAGACAUCCUACUGUUCCCUGAUGAGUUAGAUGCUAUGAUUCCCUGAUGUUGUCUGCUGCUAACUGUCCUACCUGAAAAGAGAAUGGGUUAUCACGUGCCGAGCUUUUAAAUCUCUCCCUCCCCACCAUAGCAUCACACCCCCCCACCUACCAUCGCCAGCAUACAGCCUCUCCCCCCCCCCCCCUCCUCCCCUCCCCCCUCUCCCCCCCCCUCCCCCCCCCCCCCCCCCCCCCCUCCCCCCCCACCCCCCCCCCUCCCUCUCCCCCUCUCCCCCCCUCUCCCUCCUCCCCCCUCCAGUCCUGCGUACGUUAGUUGGCCUACGGAGGGGUGUGGUCCAUCAGCCUAGUGAACCAUGGUGAUCAGCGGGUCGACAGACAGGAUCAGAGGUUGGGACGUGGAGUGGAGAGUGGUUUACACCCUGUACGGACACACCUACCGACGGCUCAUACACCUGCAUGACAACAGUGGUUUAACCAACACACACCUCUACCGUACGCUGCACCUGCAGGACAAACAGUGAGUUAACAACAACCACCGACCUCUCCCGACGCUGAUAAACCGGAGACAAACAGUGAGUUGGACGGACACACACGGAUACAUGUGCAUACAACACUCCAGACACACACCAACGCGACGCGCGGCGACUAACGAGCGAGAUCAUCGCUGACGUAUCGUAAUGCCGCGGGAGCGAGCGAGCCCGAGCGAGCGAAGGCGCCAGAGCCUCGACGAAGCCGAGCGCGAAGCGCAUGCGAAGCGCGCCAAGCGCAUGCAGCGAAGCGCAGCGAGCUAAGCCUGAUGCGUCCGCCGAUCGAGCGAAGCUCAGAGCGCGCCGAGCAACGCGAGCUGAGCGCAGCGCGAGCAGGUGAAGCUGCCGAGCGAAGCCGCUCGCGCAGCUAAUCUGCGAGCGAAGCGCAGCAAGCGGAGCAAGCGAAUGCCGUAGAGCGCCGAACCGCAGCUAUAGCCGCGAGCAAGCCGACGCGCGCUAGCGAAGCGCGAGCGCGCUCUACGAAGCUCGAUCGAACUCGAAGCGCUAUCAAGCGCGACGCGAGAGCUGCGAAUCUCGAGCGAGCGAACGCUAGCUCCUGCUCUCUCUCCCUGCGUAAGCGCUAGCGAAGCCGAGCCAGCUGAAUGCGCAGCGCCUCGCGACUAAGCGCUAUCUAUCUAAGUCUCCGUCUCGAGCUAUCUCUAGCUAGCUAAUCCACUCGAUCUCGCUCUCUCUAUCUAAUAUCUCUAUCUAAUCUCGAUCUCGCUCUCUCUAUCUAAUAUCUCUAUCUAAUCUCUAUCUAUCUAAUCUCUAUCUAUCUAAUCUCCAUCUCUCUCUCUAUCUAAUCUCUAUCUCUCCAUAUCUCUAUCUAUUCUAAGCUCUAUAUCUCUCUAUCUAAUCUCUAUCUAAUCUCCAUAUCUCUCUCUAUCUAAUCUCUAUCUCUCCAUAUCUCUAUCUAUCUAAUCUCUAUCUAUCUAAUCUCUAUAUCUCUCUAUCUAAUCUCCAUCUCUCCCUCCCCCUCCUCUCCCCUCUCUCCCCCCAGGGUGGUGAGCGGUAGUCGUGAUGCUACGUUGCGUCUGUGGGACGUAGAGUCUGGCGAGUGUCUCCACGUCCUAACGGGUCAUGUGGCGGCGGUGCGGUGUGUCCAGUACGACGGGCGCAGGGUGGUCAGCGGUGGAUACGACUUCAUGGUCAAAGUCUGGGACCCUGAGACAGAGACAUGUCUACACACACUGCAGGGACACACUAACAGAGUCUAUUCACUACAGGUAGGAAUAUACACACUAACAGAGUCUAUUCACUACAGGUAGGAAUAUACACACUGACAGAGUCUAUUCACUACAGGUAGGAAUAUACACACUGACAGAGUCUAUUCACUACAGGUAGGAAUAUACACACUGACAGUCUAUUCACUACAGGUAGGAAUAUACACACUGACAGAGUCUAUUCACUACAGGUAGGAAUAUACACACUGACAGAGUCUAUUCACUACAGGUAGGAAUAUACACACUGACAGAGUCUAUUCACUACAGGUAGGAAUAUACACACUGACAGAGUCUAUUCACUACAGGUAGGAAUAUACACACUGACAGAGUCUAUUCACUACAGGUAGGAAUACACACACUGACAGAGUCUAUUCACUACAGGUAGGAAUAUACACACUGACAGAGUCUAUUCACUACAGGUAGGAAUAUACACACUGACAGAGUCUAUUCACUACAGGUAGGAAUAUACACACUGACAGAGUCUAUUCACUACAGGUAGGAAUAUACACACUAACAGAGUCUAUUCACUACAGGUAGGAAUAUACACACUGACAGAGUCUAUUCACUACAGGUAGGAAUAUACACACUGACAGUCUAUUCACUACAGGUAGGAAUAUACACACUAACAGAGUCUAUUCACUACAGGUAGGAAUAUACACACUGACAGAGUCUAUUCACUACAGGUAGGAAUAUACACACUGACAGAGUCUAUUCACUACAGGUAGGAAUAUACACUAACAGAGUCUAUUCACUACAGGUAGGAAUAUACACACUGACAGAGUCUAUUCACUACAGGUAGGAAUAUACACACUAACAGAGUCUAUUCACUACAGGGAGGAAUACACACACUGACAGAGUCUAUUCACUACAGGUAGGAAUACACACACUGACAGAGUCUAUUCACUACAGGUAGGAAUAUACACACUGACAGAGUCUAUUCACUACAGGUAGGAAUAUACACACUAACAGAGUCUAUUCACUACAGGUAGGAAUAUACACACUGACAGAGUCUAUUCACUACAGGUAGGAAUAUACACACUAACAGAGUCUAUUCACUACAGGGAGGAAUAUACACACUGACAGUCUAUUCACUACAGGUAGGAAUAUACACACUGACAGAGUCUAUUCACUACAGGUAGGAAUAUACACACUAACAGAGUCUAUUCACUACAGGUAGGAAUAUACACACUGACAGAGUCUAUUCACUACAGGUAGGAAUAUACACACUGACAGAGUCUAUUCACUACAGGUAGGAAUAUACACACUGACAGAGUCUAUUCACUACAGGUAGGAAUAUACACACCAACAGAGUCUAUUCACUACAGGUAGGAAUAUACACACUAACAGAGUCUAUUCACUACAGGUAGGAAUAUACACACCAACAGAGUCUAUUCACUACAGGUAGGAAUAUACACACUGACAGAGUCUAUUCACUACAGGUAGGAAUAUACACACUGACAGAGUCUAUUCACUACAGGUAGGAAUAUACACACUGACAGAGUCUAUUCACUACAGGUAGGCGUUAGAACAGAGACUUCCCAGUUCUUGCGUCUUAGUUGUAUGUGGAUUUGGUGCUCCUGCCAUUAACCACCCUCCUCCUCUCCACCAGUUUGACGGUGUCUACGUGGUCAGUGGAUCUCUGGACACCUCCAUCAGAGUAUGGGACGUCGAGACGGGGGGGUGUGUCCACACGCUGACCGGCCACCAAUCACUGACCAGUGGUAUGGAACUAAAGAAUAACAUCCUGGUAUCUGGCAACGCGGACUCUACUGUCAGGGUGUGGGAUAUACGGACAGGACAGUGUCUCCACACACUACAAGGUGAGAUUAUACACACUGUAUAUACAGCAGUAUACUCUACUGUCUUGGAUAUACGGACAGGACAGUGUCUCCACACAUGGACAGGACAGUGUCUCCACACAUGGACAGGACAGUGUCUCCACACAUGGACAGGACAGUGUCUCCACACACUACAAGGUGAGAUUAUACACACUGUAUAUACAGCAGUAUACUGUCUUGGAUAUAUGGACAGGACAGUGUCUCCACACAUGGACAGGACAGUGUCUCCACACAUGGACAGGACAGUGUCUCCACACAUGGACAGGACAGUGUCUCCAAGGACCGGUUUGGAAUGAAGCUGAAAUACACUUCUGACUAGACUGGAAUGUCCUAUCUAGUCCAGGUCUACAGGUCUGUGGUUUAAAACUUCGUUUAGAGCGAUGUUUUGGGUAGGGGGGUACUUGUGAGUUGAUGGAGCUGAAGGUGGGGGGGGGUUGAUGGUCUCAUUAGUAACAGUGGAGGAGAUGAGGGGGGGUUGAGAGCUGACGGUCUCAUUAGUAACAUUGGAGGAGAUGAGGGGGGUGGGGGGGGGUGUCAAGGUCAGCUGUAUAAUUGGGUCACCUCUAGUGGUCCCCCAUUCAUCCUUACAAUAAAGAAACAAUGGAACAUUCCUGUGUGUCUUGGUGAACAAGUGUGUUUUGUUCUCUUUGAGAGGGGUGUGGUUCGUUCUCAGAGGGGUGUGGUUCGUUCUCAGAGGGGUGUGGUUCUCAGAGGGGUGUGGUUCUCAGAGGGGUGUGGUUCGUUCUCAGAGGGGUGUGGUUCGUUCUCAGAGGGGUGUGGUUCUCAGAGGGGUGUGGUUCUCAGAGGGGUGUGGUUCUCAGAGGGGUGUGGUUCUCUGUUUUAGUGGCUUGGAGUAUGUUACUGAUUUUAUAGUCUCUUCCAUUUUAAAAGGGGGGGGGGGUCAUUGGUGGUUGGUGCCAUUCAAUAUUAGAGAGGCUGGUUUUUAUUUUUAUGAGCGUGGCCUUAUUUCUAUUACAGCAUAUUGGAUGACUGUCAUUCAUAUUCCAUUCACCCAGUUCAAUGUAACAUGGAUAGGUUUAGGCUACUACAUGAUACUCUAAUGUUCCCUGUACCCAUCAUGAGGUUGCUACAACCUAGCCUAUGAAUGAAAGUUCACAACGUAGGCGCACAGGUCGAAAGACAAAUUGUAAUUAAGGUGACAGACAGUGACACAUUCAAUACCGCCUUGAACACUGUUGAAAGGGGCAGGUCAUCUAGCUAAUCUGGGCUGUAAUCAUUAGUCGAGGACGUUCAGUUUUCUCUUAUCACAGCCCUCGGCCUACAAUGUCGGCGUCCCCGUGGAAAUCUAAUUGACAUAAUAAAGAAAUCCCCAUCAAAAUCUGUCUGUUUAAGCUAGAGAGAUGUUGCAUGGGCUGCGUCUCAAUCCGCCGAUAUCGCCCUUCCUCAUCUGCGGUGAAAGGUGACCGAGCUAGAGCGGUGUGUGUCAGACCAUGUGACAUCCCGAAAAUCGGUCUUCUCACGAAAACGUCUGUAGCGUCCGAACGGUUUGGCCUAAAAACGAUUAUGACCCCUCUAUGGAAACACGAUGGAGUUCUACAUUUAAAUAAAUAAAAUAAAACGAGUUUCUUGAUCUUAUAUCUCUCAGGCCCUGUGUAGCUCAGUUGGUAGAGCGUGGCGUUUGCAACGCCAGGGUUGUGGGUUCAAUUCCCACGGGGGGCCAUUCUGAAAAAAUGUAUGCACUCACUUAACUGUAAGUCGCUCUGGAUAAGAGCGUCUGCUAAAUGACUAAAAAAAUUAUAUAUAUAUAUAUAUAUAUAUAUAUAUAUAUAGUAGACACUUCAGAACAAACUUCCUUUUGAUUUGUUUUUGGGGACUGUCUGUUGAACCUAUUUAGGCUUGCCAUUACAAAAGGGUUGAAUACUUAUUGACUCAAGACAUUUUUAGUUUUUCAUUUUGUAUUUAAUUUGGAGAGAAAAAAAUCUAAAAACAUAAUUCCACUUUGACAUUAUGGGGUAUUGUGUGUAGACCAGUGACACAACAUCUCAAUUUAAUCCAUUUUUAAUUCAGGCUGUAACACAACAAAAUGUGGAAAAAGCCAAGGGGUGUGAAUACUGUCUGGAGGCACUGUAUGUAUCGUACCUCCCAGAUACCCAUAAGCACCAAUCAGCAGUAACCUGUCUCCAGUUCUCCUACUAUAACUAACUCUCUCCCCCUCUCUCUCCCUCUCUCUCCAGGUCCCCAUAAGCACCAGUCAGCAGUAACCUGUCUCCAGUUCUCUCGCUCCCUGGUGGUCUCGUCAUCAGAUGACGGUACAGUGAAGCUGUGGAGCCUGGCGACGGGGGAGUGGCUCAGAGACCUGGUGGCUCUGCAGAGUGGAGGAUCCGGGGGAGUGGUCUGGAGGAUCAGGUAAAGAAAUGAGACGCACGGGGGAGUGGCUCAGAGACCUGGUGACCCUGCAGAGUGGAGGCUGUGGGGGGGGGGGGGGGGAUCAGGUAAUCAACCAGGACAUAUUCACAAAGCGAGUAGGUCUGUUGAUCUAGGAUCAGGUCCCCUUAGCCAUUCAUUAUAGUCGAAUUGGCAAAACGGAUCAGAAAAGGUCCUGGGAAUCCUGUUAAACAGCUCCGGGAAGGUUUUGGGAUGAUUUUAAGACACUGCUCAGACAAACAUAGCCAGGAGUAAACUCAACUCAUGACAGUUGGGAGGUACCGGUAGAGGAAAGACGGUGUUGACGCUCAUUGACAUUGUUGCAAAUGAUGGGAAAUAACCAAUCAGGAUGAGGCGUCGCCAGCUGUGAACUCUACAGCGGGUUUCAGACCAACCACGGUGAAUGUUGACUGUACGUCAAAAUGUUGCAUUGAUAAAACGUUUGAUGUCAUUUUAGCCUGACACAAUCCCUUUUCAAUAAUGUGAUGGCAUAUUCCACUGAAUCAGACAGGAUGAUGCCAUUUGAAAGCGGAAUUUUGAUAAUAUUACCGUUAUAUAUCAACACACUCGUCACUCCCGUUAAACAACGCUGAAUGACACAGUAGGCAUCACGUCACUUCUCAACAAUGUUUCAUACAGCGUUAGAAAACUAACCCUCUCUCUCUCCUCUCUCCAGGGUGUCUAACACCAGACUGGUAACACUAACCCUCUCUGUCUCCUCUCUCCAGGGCGUCUAACACCAGACUGGUAACACUAACCCUCUCUCUCUCCUCUCUCCAGGGUGUCUAACACCAGACUGGUAACACUAACCCUCUCUCUCUCCUCUCUCCAGGGUGUCUAACACCAGACUGGUAACACUAACCCUCUCUCUCUCCUCUCUCCAGGGUGUCUAACACCAGACUGGUAACACUAACCCUCUCUCUCCUCUCUCCAGGGUGUCUAACACCAGACUGGUAACACUAACCUCUCUCUCUCUCUCCUCUCUCCAGGGUGUCUAACACCAGACUGGUAACACUAAACCCUCUCUCUCUCCUCUCUCCAGGGUGUCUAACACCAGACUGGUAACACUAACCCUCUCUCUCUCCUCUCUCCAGGGUGUCUAACACCAGACUGGUAACACUAACCCUCUCUCUCUCCUCUCUCCAGGGUGUCUAACACCAGACUGGUAACACUAACCCUCUCUCUCUCCUCUCUCCAGGGUGUCUAACACCAGACUGGUAACACUAACCCUCUCUCUCCUCUCUCCAGGGUGUCUAACACCAGACUGGUAACACUAACCCUCUCUCUCUCCUCUCUCCAGGGUGUCUAACACCAGACUGGUAACACUAACCCCUCUCUCUCCUCUCUCCAGGGUGUCUAACACCAGACUGGUAACACUAACCCUCCUCUCUCCUCUCUCCAGGGUGUCUAACACCAGACUGGUAACACUAACCCUCUCUCUCUCCUCUCUCCAGGGUGUCUAACACCAGACUGGUAACACUAACCCUCUCUCUCUCCUCUCUCCAGGGUGUCUAACACCAGACUGGUAACACUAACCCUCUCUCUCCUCUCUCCAGGGUGUCUAACACCAGACUGGUAACACUAACCCUCUCCUCUCUCCUCUCUCCAGGGCGUCUAACACCAGACUGGUAACACUAACCCUCUCCUCUCUCUCCUCUCUCCAGGGUGUCUAACACCAGACUGGUAACACUAACCCUCUCUCUCCUCUCUCCAGGGUGUCUAACACCAGACUGGUAACACUAACCCUCUCUCUCUCCUCUCUCCAGGGUGUCUAACACCAGAACUGGUAACACUAACCCUCUCUCUCCUCUCUCCAGGGUGUCUAACACCAGACUGGUAACACUAACCCUCUCUCUCUCCUCUCUCCAGGGUGUCUAACACCAGACUGGUAACACUAACCCUCUCUCUCCUCUCUCCAGGGGUGUCUAACACCAGACUGGUAACACUAACCCUCUCUCUCUCCUCUCUCCAGGGUGUCUAACACCAGACUGGUAACACUAACCCUCUCUCUCUCCUCUCUCCAGGGUGUCUAACACCAGACUGGUAACACUAACCCUCUCUCUCCUCUCUCCAGGGUGUCUAACACCAGACUGGUAACACUAACCCUCUCUCUCCUCUCUCCAGGGUGUCUAACACCAGACUGGUAACACUAACCCUCUCUCUCUCCUCUCUCCAGGGUGUCUAACACCAGACUGGUAACACUAACCCUCUCUCUCUCCUCUCUCCAGGGUGUCUAACACCAGACUGGUAACACUAACCCUCUCUCUCUCCUCUCUCCAGGGUGUCUAACACCAGACUGGUAACACUAACCCUCUCUCUCUCCUCUCUCCAGGGUGUCUAACACCAGACUGGUAACACUAACCCUCUCUCUCUCCUCUCUCCAGGGUGUCUAACACCAGACUGGUAACACUAACCCUCUCUCUCUCCUCUCUCCAGGGUGUCUAACACCAGACUGGUAACACUAACCCUCUCUCUCUCCUCUCUCCAGGGUGUCUAACACCAGACUGGUAACACUAACCCUCUCUCUCCUCUCUCCAGGGUGUCUAACACCAGACUGGUAACACUAACCCUCUCUCUCCUCUCUCCAGGGUGUCUAACACCAGACUGGUAACACUAACCCUCUCUCUCUCCUCUCUCCAGGGUGUCUAACACCAGACUGGUAACACUAACCCUCUCUCUCUCCUCUCUCCAGGGUGUCUAACACCAGACUGGUAACACUAACCCUCUCUCUCUCUCUCCUCUCUCCAGGGUGUCUAACACCAGACUGGUAACACUAACCCUCUCUCUCUCCUCUCUCCAGGGUGUCUAACACCAGACUGGUAACACUAACCCUCUCUCUCUCCUCUCUCCAGGGUGUCUAACACCAGACUGGUAACACUAACCCUCUCUCUCCUCUCUCCUCUCUCCAGGGUGUCUAACACCAGACUGGUAACACUAACCCUCUCUCUCUCCUCUCUCCAGGGUGUCUAACACCAGACUGGUAACACUAACCCUCUCUCUCUCCUCUCUCCAGGGUGUCUAACACCAGACUGGUAACACUAACCCUCUCUCUCCUCUCUCCUCUCUCCAGGGUGUCUAACACCAGACUGGUAACACUAACCCUCUCUCUCUCCUCUCUCCAGGGUGUCUAACACCAGACUGGUAACACUAACCCUCUCUCCUCUCUCCAGGGCGUCUAACACCAGACUGGUAACACUAACCCUCUCUCUCUCCUCUCUCCAGGGUGUCUAACACCAGACUGGUAACACUAACCCUCUCUCUCUCCUCUCUCCAGGGUGUCUAACACCAGACUGGUAACACUAACCCCCUCUCUCUCCUCUCUCCAGGGUGUCUAACACCAGACUGGUAACACUAACCCUCUCUCUCCUCUCUCCAGGGUGUCUAACACCAGACUGGUAACACUAACCCUCUCUCUCUCCUCUCUCCAGGGCGUCUAACACCAGACUGGUAGCAGCCGUUGGCAGCAGGAACGGGACAGAGGAGACUAAACUCAUGGUGCUGGACUUUGACCUCACUGACAACCACAAGUGAUGUCAUCAGGAGAGGAUGCGAUGUCAUUUGAUAAGGAUGUGAGGUAAUCAAAGAGGGACCCAAUAUCUUCAUACGGGAACUGAAAACUUGUGAUGAUGAGGAAAGGGGGUGAGGAGGAGGAAUUAUGACAGAGGACAACGUAAGAAUCCCCCAAUGGAAGGACUGAGCGCCAUCUGGAGAUAUGACUCCAAAAUGUCCCCCCUUCCUUAUCCUCACCACAACCCUGGGUAACCAAACCCCCAUCUUUUCUUUCUGCCCUAAAACACUGCUACGCUGAUACUGACCAGUGAAGAGAUGGUACACAAGAUCAACUUUCUGUGACUGGAAGAAACCACGAGAGGACUCACUGGCCAACCGACUGACCCGUCUGGCUGGCCGACCAGCUAACCGACCGACCGACCAGCUAACCGACCGACCGGCCGACCGACAACCCAAAGGCCAAACUGAGUGUGGCUUCUGUAACUCCACCCAGACUACUGC